CAAUAAACAGUAGAAGAAGAAAAAGAAGCGGAAGUGCUCGCCAUGGACUCGAUGAUGUCCACGUCCGCGGCUCUGUCGUACCACAAUGUCGGGGACUUUUACCCCAGAAAGUUGGGACCAAAGCCGGACGUGGUGCCUUCCGGGGUGACGGAGAGGAAGGUCGGCCCGCUGGACAAGCCAGACAUGGUGUCGGUGGACGUCAUCAACGUCAACGAAGCCGACUUGCCCGUGCACAGGAAGAAGCAGGACACGUAUGUCUUGGGCACCAUUCAUCCCUUCAGGAAGACGCACAGGUCACUUCCUGGAAAACUCCUGCAAGAAUUCCGAUUGGUUGCGUCAGAUAGACGGUCAUGGAGGAUCCUGCUGUUCGGCUCCCUCAACCUGCUGUGCACCGCCUGUCUUCUCAUGUGGUGCAGCUCCACCAACAGCAUGGCGCUGACGGCCUACACCUACCUGACCAUCUUUGACCUCUUCAGCUUGAUCACAUGUCUCAUCAGUUCCUGGGUGACCAUGAAGAAGCCCAGCCAGGUCUUCUCCUUCGGGUUUGACAGACUGGAGGUUCUGGCCGUUUUUGCCUCCACUGUUCUGGUCCAGCUGGGAGCCUUGUUCAUCCUGAAGGAGAGUGUGGAGCGCUUUGUGGAGCAGCCUGAGGUCCAUACCGGUCGCCUGCUGGUCGGCACGUUUGUGGCCCUCUUCUUCAACCUGCUCACUCUCAUGUCCGUGCACAACAAACCCUUUGCCUGCGUAUCCCAAGCGGCCAGCAGCAGUUGGCUUCAGGAACACGUGGCAGAUAUGAGCAGAAGUGUGUGUGGCAUCAUUCCAGGUCUGAGCAGUGUCCUGCUGCCUCGCAUGAACCCCUUUGUCCUGAUCAACCUGGCGGGGGCGCUGUCGCUGUGCGUCACCUACAUGCUCAUCGAGAUGAAUAACUACAACGCCGUAGACACGGCCUCGGCGGUCGCCAUCGCUCUCAUGACCUUUGGCACCAUGUAUCCCAUGAGCGUCUACAGCGGGAAGGUGCUGCUGCAGACCACGCCCUCUCACGUCAUUGGCCAGCUGGACAAGUUGCUUCGAGAGGUGUCCACGCUGGACGGCGUGCUGGAAGUUCGCAACGAGCACUUCUGGACGCUCGGCUUUGGUUCACUGGCCGGCUCCGCCCACGUUCGCAUCCGGCGCGACGCCAACGAGCAGCUGGUCCUGGCCCACGUCACCAACCGCCUGCUCCCGCUGGUGUCCACGCUGACGGUGCAGAUCUUCAAAGACGACUGGAGCAGGCCGCUGCUGACGGCCUCGCCCGUCCCCCAUGCCGGCGACGGCUACGGCGUCCUUUCCUCCUCCUCGCCGCCGCACCCACUCACGUCAUCGGGAGGCGAAGCGGACCCGCUGACGUCCACGCCCUCCAAGUCCAGCGGCCCUCCCCCGGAGUUCUCCUUCAACACCCCGGGGAGGAACGUGCAAGCCGUGUUGCUACCCGCUCCGGGGCACCACGCCCACAUGCCCUACGCCGGCAUAGCGUACCCCGGAAUGCUGAGUCAGGGUUUAGCUCGGCCUGGGACCGGACUGGGUCUCGGCGUGGCAGGAAUCGGGGGCGUGUAUGGACUGGGUGUGGGCGGAGCCUCUCAGAGUUACAGAACUAUGGGCAGCACGUCCCAGUACAGACAGUACCGACCUUGAUUGGACCGCCACAGAUUCAUGUUACCUCCUCCAAGGAAAGCACCCAGCGUCUUUCAAGGACAAAUUCAUUCCACUUUUUUUUUUUUUUUUUUUUACUUUUUAAAAUGACGUAAUUGUUUAUUGACAUGGGGGCGGGGCCAAGAUCUCCCUUUUGUUUUGUGGUUCCGAUGCGUGUGGGAUUGGUCAAAUUAAAAAUCUGGACUCCGCCCACCAAAGCAGGUGUCGCACAUGGGUGUCUUGGUGUUGCCGCGGGCAACAGGACCUCACCUCACUGGAGCGAGUCUUCACGUCUUUAUUUGGACUCGUCACGGCUCAGAAGAAACUACGACAGUAGAAGAAGAAGCGACAGUCGGGCGUCGCGACGUGCGAAGAGGUCAUCAGACAUGUGACCCCGCCACGGACGACACACAUGAUGAUUUGUGGCGGACAUCUGAUACAGAAACAGAAACACGCCGUUUUCCUCUUCCUCCCAAACAUGAAGGUGACUUCCAGAAAGGUGUUAGAAGGCGUAGUAAGGUUACUCUGCCAAAAGGGGGCGCCAAGACCCACUAAAGACCUCCCUUUAUGUGACUCCAGUUGGGAUGAUUUGUUUACACCAAUCCCACAAACAGCAACAGCACACAAAGACACAAAGAAUUCUGGGAUAUUUUCUCAACUGUCACCAUGGAAACCUCCAACAAUCAAUAAACGCAGGAAGUCAGUGUGUUUCUAAACAAACAGUCCUAUUCAUUCUACUUCAACAAAAAUACACUGCGCUGCUACUACUACUACUACUACUACUACUACCUAACUACUCUUUUAUUACCACACUACUUGUUAACAAAUGUGACAUUACUACUGCUGUUUUAUUACUGUUACUAUUACUAUUACCACUACUACUUGUCAACUGCCACCUUACUACUACUACUACUAGCCAUCGCCUACAUUUUUACUUCUACUGUAUUAUUACUACUAGUCAUUAACUCCUGUUUCAUGACUACUAUUACUUGUUAGCAGCCAUUAUUAUUGUUGAUACUACUUAACAGCCAUGUUAGUACCACUUAUAGUCAUUAACUACCAUUUUACUACUACUACACUAUGUUUCUACCAGCCAUUAACAAUAUUUUUUAUUUGCUACUACUAAAGUGUAGUUGUUAACGUGUUGUGUUGCUACUGGUACAUGGUAACUGGCUGGUUAAUACUACCACUAGUCGUUAACCACUGUUUUAUUACUACUAUAGUUAUAUUUAUUAAUACCACAGUAUUAUUACUAUCAGUGGUUGUUAACUGCUGUUCUAUGAAUACUUCUACC